UCAACUUGCGAAGAUCGUCUGAAGAUCAACGGAACAUUUAUAAAACGCGUGUGAGGAGAGUUUUGAAUAAAUUGAGUCUGAGUGAUAAUGACCAGCUAUACUGACAAAGGAACCAAACCAGAAGCCGGCAAAUUCUUAAGCUUUGAUCAUCUAACGUUUUACGUUGGUAACGCCAAGCAGGCGGCCAGUUAUUAUACAACCCGUUUGGGCUUUGAACCUCUUGGCUAUCAGGGAUUGGAGACGGGAGAGCGACGCUACGCGAAACAUGCAGUGCGACAAAAUAAGAUUGUCUUCGUGUUUGUAUCGGCCUACACGACCGAUGACAAGGAGCAUGGAAUGCACCUGAUGCAGCAUGGUGAUGGUGUCAAGGAUGUGGCCUUCGAAGUGGAGGAUUUGAACGCAAUCUUUAAUUUGGCGGUAUCACGCGGUGCCGAAGUCGUACGCGAUAUCUGGGAGGAGAACGAUGCAUAUGGCUUUGUGAGAUUUGCCACCAUUAAGACGUACGGAGACACUACGCACACUUUCGUGGAACGUAAUGGGUACAAGGGUGACUUCUUACCUGGCUUUCAGCGCGGUGUUGAAGACGUUCUGCUGAAGAAUUUGCCGCCAGCCAAGUUGAACUUCAUUGAUCAUGUGGUUGGCAAUCAGCCGGAUUUGCAGAUGGAAAGUGUGGCUGCUUGGUAUGAGCGCAUUUUGCAAUUCCAUCGCUUUUGGUCUGUCGAUGAUUCGCAGAUCCAUACAGAGUAUUCGGCAUUGCGCUCAAUUGUAAUGGCCAACUACGAGGAGACGGUCAAGAUGCCCAUCAAUGAGCCAGCUAAUGGCAAGAAAAAGUCGCAGAUUCAAGAAUAUGUCGACUACUAUGGCGGAGCAGGUGUUCAACAUAUUGCUCUCAAUACUGAUGAUAUCAUUGGAGCUGUGAGCAACUUGAGAGCACGUGGUACAGAAUUCCUGACCAUUCCAUCGUCGUACUACGAUAUUCUGCAGGAGCAGUUGUCUCACAGUCGCACUAAAAUCAAGGAAGACAUGGAAAUCUUAAAGAAACUGAACAUUCUGGUGGAUUUCGAUGAGAACGGUUACCUGUUGCAGAUCUUUACGAAGAACUGUCAGGACAGGCCAACGCUCUUCCUGGAGGUCAUUCAGCGUUUUAAUCAUAAUGGUUUUGGCGCUGGCAACUUUAAGUCGCUCUUUACUGCCAUUGAGAUCGAGCAGGCCAAACGUGGCAAUUUGUAAAAUGCAAUUGUUAUAAAAAAACGGUCAUCUUGAAUAAAAUGCGAGCAGAAUAUUAAAAAUA